AUGAGCAGGCCAGGGACAAAAGUGCUGGACCCCGCGAGGCCCCGGGCGGGGGCUCCAGCCGGGAUUCCAGCCCGGCGAGACCCCGGUCCCGCCGCCCGCGGACCGCACGCCCAGCUCACCGGCCUGGCCCGGCCGACGCCCGCGGGCCGGGCAGGUGUGCCACCCAGGCCCCGCCUGCCCCCGCCGGCGCCCCAGGACCGCGAGCCCGUCCCAGAGCCGGGCGCGGGGGGCCCGGGAGGCCCGGCUCCGGACCGGCGCGGACACCCCCCCGACCGAGCGCGCGGCCCCGCCCGCCGCCCCGUCCCGGGUCCGGACCCCACCGCCCCGCUCACCUCGCGCCGUCUACGCCGUCCGCGGCCGCCUGGCCCGCGGCUCCGGGGCCUCGCGGGGGACGCCGGGCCCGGGGGCGGCCAGCGGGCGGGGACACGGGGCGCCGGCGGGCUGGCGGGCGGGCGGCCCCAUCUUCCGGCGCUAGCGCCGCGGCCCAGCGCGCAGCCCGAGCGGGACAUUCGCUACAUUGUUGGCAUUCCUGGGCCGUCACGUGACCGUCGCGUCAGCGCCGCCCCGCCCCGCUCCCCGCGGCGUCGGCGGCCCCGCCUCUGCCCCGCCCCUCUCCGGCCCCGCCCCCACAACCGGCCCAGUCCCGCCCCCCGCAGCGGCGGCCCCGCCCCACAGCCGACCCGGUCCCGCCCACGCCGGCCCCGCCUCCCGCGCGUCAGGCCCCGGACUGUCCACGAGGGCCAGCCGGCCCCGCCCCGCCCUCCCGCUCAGCCCCCAGGGAGCGCCUGGAUCCCGGCACCUGCGCCCCGCCCAGCCCCUCACCUGGACGCGGACCUCCGCCCUUACCUGUUCUCGGCCGGGGCCGGCCCCUUCCUCGCUUUGUGUGCGGGAGAAGGUCCUUCCCUUGCUCUGUCCUCGACGACAGAGACAGAACUAACCAAGAUAGAUAGGCUGUAA